CACUCCCUCUUCAGCUCUCACUACACACAUACACACACUACACGUAAUGGCUUCUCUUCGUUUACCAAAUGCCUUGUUUUUUCUUCAGCUCUCUCUGCUUUUCUCCACCUCCUUCACCGUUUAUGGUGAUGAAACGCUGGCAACUUACCCACCGGCUGAAGCUCCCCAUCACCACCACCACCACCACCACUCUCCCACACCGCCCCCAAGCCACCCACCUGUGAGCCCUCCCCCCACCUCCCCACCGGCUCCUGCACCCGUUAAGCCCCCGACCUACCCACCCGUGAAGCCACCUAGUUAUCCUCUUCCGAGGAAGAAGGUAGCUGUUCAGGGUGUUGUCUACUGCAAGUCCUGCAAGUAUAGGGGUGUCGACACACUCGUGGGAGCUGCUCCUCUUGCUGGGGCGGUAGUGAAACUGCAAUGCAACAACACAAAGUACAGCUUGGUGGAGCAAACCAAGACCGACAAGAACGGCUACUUCUUCUUCAUGCCGCAGAAGCUGACUACAGCCGGCUCCCACAAAUGCAAGGUGUUUAUAAUCUCUUCUCCCCUGGCCACGUGCAGCGUCCCCACCAACCUCCACGGCGGAGCCGUCGGGGCUAUCUUGAUGCCAACCACCAAGCCACCCGUCCCCGCCCCAACCAAGCCGCUGCCAUUUGAGCUCUUUACCGUUGGCCCGUUCGCCUUCGAGCCGCACAAGAAAAUGCCAUGCCAUUAUUAGAAACUGUUGCUAAGUAGCUAGAGCUAAAGUGCAUGUCUCUUUAAUUUGUUUUCCAUUUUACAGGAUUUGAAUUAUGUAGUAACGUUGUUUGGCAGCUUUGCUAUGGUAUGGGGUUAGCUUUUCGGCCGUAGUUGCAUUGCAUUGCAUGUUGUGUCGCGAGUACAGUACUGUGAAACGCAGCGUUUCGAACUUGGUGACAAUAACAAUAAAGUUGGAUUGGUGCAA